GUGUCUCUGUUACACAACUAUUCCGUUCACUUUAUAUCAAGCGAGAGCUUCUGAACAGGUGCACUCGCUUUAGCAGCCUCGUGCCAGCUCCAGGCCCGGACUCAAGGAGCCAAAGGCGGACUCGUUUAGCCGAGCCCACAGCGGGUUUAUCGGCCGUUGAUCCAAGUCGCUGUCGUCACCAGCUUUCCCGUGACAGUGACCACAGUCACUGCGUAGGACACUGAAAGUCUGUCUCGAUUAUGUCCCCCUCGCGGAAUAACUUCUUAAAUAACAUAUUCUCGUCCUGUUUCGGCUACAACUAUAAGUGUCGUCUGUGGAGCCACUAGGUUCUGUCAUUGAUUACACGUGAAGCUUAUCUGACGGUUAAAAGGACGGUUACUGGUUCAGCUGUGUGAGAGUCCUCAUCUUAACAUGUAGGGUUAGGGGUUAGGGGUUAGGUCAGAGGUGAAAUACAUAGUGGCAUCCUUUACGAGUUAAACUCAUCAUUAAUAAGUUAUCAUAUCAUAAAUGAAGCCAGAACAAUAAUACAAAUAACAGUAAUGCACAUUAAUGACAGGUACAAAUCAAUUUAGGUUUGUUAGUCAAUACGUAUUAAGCUUGCUUAUUAAACAUUUAAAUGUUUAACUAUUGUAUAUACUGUUGUAGGGUAGUUACAUCUAUGACACAUCGUCAUAUUCAAGUUAGGUAAUCAUGAAUAAAAAAAUCUGAGUCAAGGUAACUAUUAUCUUUAGCUGUCAAAUAAAUGUGGUGAAGUAAAACACACAAUUUCUUCCUCUGAAAUGUAGUGGUGGAGAAGAAGUAUAACGUAGCUUAAAAUGGAAAUACUCAAGUAAAGUAUACACAAUUUAAAAAGUACUUAAAGUCAGCUGUGGAAGAAAUAUUUAGCUAAUUUAUUAUAAAUUAUACUAUCAAUACCACCAUCAAAAGUUUAAAAGUUUAAACUAUUUGUGAAGUAAAAGGCAAUGUUGUCAUCAGCAAAUAUUUCCAUUGUGUAUCAGAGGCAGUGCAUUAUUAUUUUAUUGGAUUAUUAUUACUAAUGGAUUAAGAUGUAGGCAGCAUGUGAAUGGGUAUAUGUUUGAGUGCGAGGUAAUUAUAUUUCAGAAGCCGAUCAUGUUAUGCAUGAAUCUUCUUCUGAGUAACGUGGUAGUGGAGAAGAACAAUCUAAAGGAACAACUCAAGUAAAGUACCUAAAAAGGUACAGCAGUACAGUUCCUUUUAAACACUAGAACGUGAUCCUUCAUCUUCAGGCAUCUCCUUAUAUAUGUUAUGCAACUCUUUUUUUAUUAGAUUUUUAUAAUUGUGUAGAAAGUAUUGGCCAACACUUCGACAUGUUUGUAACUGGUAGUGCCAGUGCUGACAGCGAUUCUCACCGCUCACCCUUCAGACACAUUGCAGGCGUGGCCGUCUGUCUCUAUUGGCUGCUGGUUAUCAUUUCUUUCAGCCCUUUGUACUCCCUGUUCUCAAGUGUCAGAACACAAAUAUAUUUCGGUGAUUUACUGUUCGAAACUGGAUGAGCUUAAUCCCAGGAGAAUAAUAAUUUCUUUGCAUUUUGGACAUGGAAACAAAAAAAUCUUGAGGGUUUUUGUAGUAAGAGAGUCUUUUUCCACGGUCCCGAUGCUCGCUCUGACCAGGUGUUCGACAGCUCUGAGGUGGAGCCUCUCCCUGCGCUGCUCUGCCCUCUCUCUGGGGAGCACAGCCAUGAGCAGCCAGCCCUCCACCGCAGCCAGAACCCAGUUUCUAAGAACCCAGACUGCUCUGCUUCACCAGAGUAGAGCCACAGCCAGUCCUGACAAGCCUGCUUCAGUGUUGUCCACCGUGUCCGGGCUGGAGGGGGCGCUGUUCGGGUUGGGGAUGUGGUCGUUGGGUCUGGGUGCUGUUGGUGCUGCACUUGCCGGGGUCUUCCUGGCCAACACUGAUCUGUGUCUUCCUAAAGCUGUUCAGGCGACCCUGGAGAACCUGGAAGAGGCCGACCUGCGCUCCACCAGAGAUGAUGAGAAUGUCAUUAAAGCAAAGAGCCUGUGGGACAAGAACGGGGCUGUGGUCAUGGCCGUACGGCGGCCUGGGUGAUUUUUGUGCAGAGAGGAGGCCUCUGAGCUGUCCUCUCUAAAGGCCCAGCUGGAAGAGCUUGGGGUCCCUCUGGUUGCUGUGGUGAAGGAGGACAUCGGCACAGAGAUCCAGGACUUCAGACCGCACUUCGCUGGGGACAUCUACAUCGAUGAAAAGAAAAUCUUCUACGGCCCGCUGAAAAGAAAGAUGGGGGGUCUGGGGUUCAUUCGCCUCGGGGUGUGGCAGAACUUCCUGCGGGCCUGGAGGUCAGGUUACCAGGGCAACAUGAAUGGCGAGGGCUUCGUCCUGGGCGGAGUGUUUGUCUUCGGAGCAGGAGACCAGGGGAUUCUCUUGGAACACCGCGAGAAGGAGUUUGGCAAUAAAGUGCAGGUUGCUGAUGUUUUAGAGGCUGUUAAGAAGAUUGUGCCAGCAAAAUAAGUUUCUUUUUAUGUCAUGCAAUGUAUUUAGAUCAAAACAUAACUUUAGUCUUAACUUGAAAUGCUGAGAUGCAUUCAAAGUCUCUCCAUCACUUAAAUAAUAUGACAUUGAUGUAUGCACUGUCUAAUAUCGCAACAUACCUCUGUCUUUUGCACAUUAAUUUACUGUUGGUUCAGGACAGAGCCAAUAUUAUUUCAGGAUUUUUUCAGGCACCUGAAUGGGCCUCCAACAUGGCGCAGCAGUGUGUGUGCGGUCUGUGUGUGUGAUAAUGACAACUUGAAUCCAAACUCAGCAUUGAGAGGAGCAGGUUUGAUGCUCAAACACAUACAGGUUCAGCCACUGUCACCAUGUUGAGGAGUGUCAGCGCCGCCUGAAUGACGCAUGUGUGUGUUUGUGUGUAAGAGAGAUUCUGUGUGUACCUGUACAUAAGUAAUAAAUAAAGAAGACCUCAUCACCAUA